GCCAGCGCUGACGCUGGCGGAAGUGUCGGGACAGGGGCAAUGGCGGCGGCUGGUGUGAACGGCAACGGUGUACCGGCACAGGACGAGCUGGUUCGCUCGGUUACCCUUUACCGCCGCCGGCCCCAUAUUUUAAGGGGGACAGUGUUGCCAUUUGCACUCCUGUACCCGGCUUGGCUGUAUCUAUGGGUUGCCGUGUACGGGGUGUCUGAGUACCCGGAGGCCGGGCUCCUCGCUUUGGCAGCACUCGGGGUCUUGCACGCGCUCACCGUGCUCACCGGUUUGUGGUCUGUGCACGCGCACUGCGUUUUCACGUGCACGAAGGACUCAAACACAAAGACAGCCACCUUGGCCAAAGUUGUACCCACUCCGAACAAUGGAUCUGCAGAGUUAGUACCUCUUAUCCGAGAGAAGCAAGAAGAUGGCCAGGAGACCAUUUUCUUUGAGUUCCAGAAGAUCAAGUAUUCCUAUGAUGCGGAGGAGAAGAAGGCUUUCUUCCCUGUUGUGUUUCCAGUAGAGCGUCCCCUGGCCUAUUACCAGAGUGCGAAAGGAUACUUGGAGGAGGCAGACAUCAAAGUGGCAGAGAAGAAAUAUGGAACUAACAAAGCUGAAAUGGUUGUCCCUGAUUUCUUGCAUCUGUUUAAGGAAAGAGCCAUCGCGCCCUUCUUUGUUUUCCAGGUGUUUUGCGUGGGGCUCUGGUGUCUGGAUGAGUACUGGUAUUACAGCGUGUUCACCCUCUUUAUGUUAGUGGCAUUUGAAGCCUCCUUGGUUCAGCAACAGAUGAGAAACCUCUCUGAAAUCAGGAAGAUGGGGAACAAGCCUUAUCUGAUCCAGGUUUACAGAAAUCGGAAGUGGAGGCCGAUCUCCAGCGAUGACAUUAUUCCAGGAGAUAUCGUGUCCAUAGGGCGUUCAGUCAAUGAGAACUUGGUACCUUGUGAUGUGCUGCUUCUUCGUGGCCGCUGCAUAGUGGAUGAAGCCAUGUUGACUGGAGAGUCUGUUCCUCAGAUGAAGGAGCCUAUUGAGGAUUUGGACCCAGAGCACGUGCUCGAUAUGAACUCCGACUCCAGGCUGCACGUCAUCUUUGGGGGCACUAAGGUCGUGCAGCACACCCCCCCUCAAAAGGCCACUGCUGGACUGAAACCUCUUGACAACGGGUGUGUGGCCUAUGUCUUAAGAACGGGAUUUAAUACCUCACAGGGUAAACUUCUGCGCACGAUUCUCUUCGGUGUGAAGCGCGUCACUGCGAAUAAUUUGGAAACCUUUGUCUUCAUCUUGUUUCUCUUGGUGUUCGCCAUCGCUGCGGCUUCCUAUGUCUGGAUCGAAGGCACCAAAGACCCCAGCAGAAACCGUUACAAGUUGUUCUUGGAAUGCACGUUGAUCUUGACCUCCGUUGUGCCUCCGGAACUUCCGAUUGAGCUUUCGUUGGCGGUUAACACCUCGCUCAUAGCGUUGGCAAAGCUCUAUGUGUACUGUACCGAACCUUUCCGUAUUCCCUUUGCUGGCAAGGUGGAGAUCUGCUGCUUCGACAAGACGGGCACCUUAACCAGCGAUAGCCUUGUGGUGCGUGGUGUAGCUGGACUUAAAGACGGAAAGGACAUUACACCUAUAUCCGAUAUACCCGUCGAUACCCACAGGGUGGUGGCCACGUGUCACUCUUUGGUUCAGUUGGAUGAUGGGACGUUGGUUGGAGAUCCUCUGGAGAAAGCAAUGCUUACUGCUGUGGACUGGGCUCUAACCAAAGAUGAAAAAGUAUUCCCGCGCAGUAUUAAAACCCAGGGCCUGAAAAUCCACCAGCGGUUCCAUUUUGCCAGCUCCCUGAAGCGCAUGUCCGUUCUGGCCUCCUACGAGCGGCCGGGGUCUACAGACCUGUGCUGUGUGGCCACUGUGAAGGGAGCCCCGGAAACGCUCCAGAAGAUGUUUUCUCAGUGUCCCGAAUACUACAACAAAGUUCACACGGAAUUUUCGAGAGAAGGAGCCAGGGUUCUAGCUCUCGGGUACAAAGAACUUGGACACCUCUCCCAUCAACAGAUCCGAGAAGUGAAGCGCGAAACCCUUGAGUGCGAUCUGAGGUUUGCUGGUUUCAUUGUGGUCUCAUGCCCUCUGAAAGCAGACUCGAAAGCGGUCAUCAAAGAGAUUCAAAAUGCAUCGCACCACGUGGUAAUGAUAACUGGAGACAAUCCUCUAACUGCCUGCCAUGUGGCGCAGGAGCUCAGCUUUAUAGAGAAGCAGGACACGUUGAUACUUCAUCCUCCACACAACAAGCAAGAUUCUCGUUGGAUGUGGCAGUCCAUCGAUGGCACAAUCUCUUUGCCCGCUAUCCCCGAUUCCCCGAAAGCCUUCACUGCCAACUACUACCUGUGCCUCACUGGAGAGGGCUUGUCAUAUCUCCAAACCACCAAACCAGACCUGCUGUCUCAGCUUAUCCCACAUGUCCAAGUGUUUGCGAGAGUAGCACCCAAGCAAAAGGAAUUUGUGAUUACUAGUUUAAAAGAGCUUGGAUACAUCACGCUGAUGUGUGGUGACGGAACAAAUGACGUAGGAGCUUUAAAGCAUGCCAAUGUUGGUGUUGCACUUCUCGCCAAUGCACCUGAACGCCUGCCGGAGAGGAAAAAGAAACCAAGAGAAGGACCUAAUGAUUGUCGGCCCACCGGACCUUCUUUCUCUAGUAACUCCAUCAAACCUACAUCCAGAGCUGCAAAGAAUAGGAUCAUGUCACAACGAGAAGAGCAACAUGCACUCCAGAGGGAGAGGAUCAGCCAGGUCCUCAAGGAGUUGGAGGAAGAUCAGGUGCAAGUGGUGAAGCUUGGAGAUGCCAGCAUAGCAGCUCCUUUCACUUCCAAACUGUCAUCCAUACAAUGCAUUUGUCACGUUAUCAAGCAAGGCCGUUGUACAUUGGUAACAACCCUGCAGAUGUUUAAAAUACUGGCACUAAAUGCCUUGAUCUUGGCUUACGGGCAAAGCGUCCUUUACCUGGAAGGUGUGAAGUUCAGCGAUUUCCAAGCGACCCUUCAGGGGCUGCUCCUGGCCGGCUGCUUCCUCUUCAUCUCACGCUCCAAGCCUUUGAAAUACCUCUCCGUUGAACGUCCCCUGCCAAACAUCUUCAAUUUGUACACGGUCCUCACGGUGCUCCUGCAGUUCCUUGUCCACUUCUUCAGCCUCAUAUAUUUGUACCGAGGGGCUCUGGAACGGACUGAUACAAGGAAAGAAGAGUUUGUGGACCUGUCCAAAGCAUUUGAGCCGAAUCUGGUGAACAGCACGGUUUACAUAAUGUCCAUGGCGAUGCAGAUGGCCACGUUUGCCAUCAACUACAAGGGACAUCCUUUCAUGGAAAGCCUGCGAGAAAACAAGCCCUUACUAUGGAGUAUUAUCAUUUCUGCGUUGGCUAUUAUGGGUUUGCUUUCAGGCUCGUCUCCAGAAUUCAAUGAGCAGUUUGGUCUGGUGGACAUCCCUGUCGAGUUUAAGAUGGUCAUUGUCAAAGUUCUUGUGCUGGAUUUCUGCUCGGCUUGGUUGGUGGACCGACUUCUCCAAUACCUCCUGGGGAGCUCCAAACUGAAAGUGCCUUCCUGAAGCUGGCUACAGGGCCCAGAAACUGCCCGCAGUGUCAAACGAACAUCGUGUCAAUGUCCAGCCCGGGUUAUCUAAGGCAGCAUGCGUCCUUAAGGAGGAAAUAUUAGGAUGGGACACAACAUGGAGAGGAAUCAAAAAUCAUCUCAACACUUGAAACAUUGAACUACAUGUUUGGGACAUGACAAACAGAAUCCUAAUUUUUUUUUUCUACUCUAAUUCGCUUUUGGAAAGCGCCAACAUUUGUUAAAUAAACAAGAUUGGUGAAUUUUAAA